AUGAGGAAAUUUGGUGACMAAAAGUASUUCAAGGCAACCCGUCAUCUUAAAAGUCACAGUAUUGACUAUUUAAAGCUUGGCACAACAUUUGCUUGGUUCUAUUCAGAGAACGAAAAGCCUUCAGUCAYAAGGAAAGAAGGAUUUAUAAUCCGUUCGGCAACUGAAUACUUCAGUGCCAAACCUUCAAGCCGACAAAUCAAAGCCGUGUAUAAUGCGUGGAAAAAAGAUAUCGGUGGCGCUAAAAGCUAUGCCGAAAAUCUACGCCUCAAAAGUAGUGUUACUAACGUUUCCCUGAAAAACAAGGCAGUUGAUGGCAUCGCUACGGCAAACCCAUUUGAAUUGCUUAUGGAAGACCAAGCUGAGUUAGAUGGCGAUGGACUGUGGAAAACUAGUAAGGAUUGCCAAGAAGGACAAAGAUACAAUCUAAGGAAAAAGCGAGAGAGAAAUCUGCGGUUGCGAGACUUUAUUGUCACUCCAUUGCUUUUUCCAAGAAGAAAAAGAAAGGUAAGUAUCGAGUGA